UUUAUUGCAGUUCAAUAAAAAUAUCCCACGUAAAAAAAGCUAGAAAAUAUUACAAGUUUGCUUAUGUAUCUGUAUGGGUUUUUAAUUUGAAUUUUUCUUCUUCAACUAAUUGAGUAUAAAGUAGAAUCACACGGGAAAAGAUCCCCAUAUGGACAUAAAGUAGGAUGAUGUACAUCACAACAGUUGUAGUUGUCUCCAUGGUGAACGAUUUGAUUGACAGAAGAGAAGUAUAUGAUCUCCAAGGCAUUUCGGUCACUGCCAAUAUAAUCCCAUAUAAGAAAUUAAUAUUUCAUUACUGUUAGGUGUUUGGCUGGUAUUAACUUGUGAGGAAUGGUGAGGACUACCCUGAAGAAUGGUGCAUUAUUGUAAUGAGAUAUUAUUCCUACUUAUUCUCUCAGAGUUUAUUCAAGAUUAUGCCUUCUUAACCACUCUGAUUGCUGAAGUAAAUCCACGACAGUUUACUUCCCAUUCCACCUACAAUACAGAAAACUAUCCAAAUAACUACACCGGUGAAUGGCUACUGAAAUCUACAGAAGAAAACAACACCAUACUGGUCACUCUCAUGGAAUGUGAUAUCGAGGCUGUCAUCAACAAAGGACAGACCAUUUGUAGAUGGGAAUGGGAUCUCCUAUCGUUCUACAAUGUAAUGAAUUCCGGAAACACGACACAGUAUCAGUAUAUCGAGUCCACCUGCUGUAAUGGCACCCUGGGGAGCAUCUCCAGUACAGGACCCGAGUUGUUCAUCAAAUUCACAACGGAUGGCAGCACAUCAAAGAAAGGGUUUAAAAUCUCAUACCUGUAUGUUGAGCCGUCAUCUAACUGCACACGUAAUGGAUUGCAAGCAGCAAGAUCAAGUGUGCAAGAAUCUGAAUCGAACACCUCUGUGAUCGCUGGCGCCGUGGUGGGUGUUACCGCUGUUGUGAUUGGAGUGGUUGUCUUCUUAUUGAUCGUUAGAAGUGUAUUGAAAAAGAAGGUCAACUCGAAAGACUAAAUAAAGGCGGGAAAACAA